AUGUAUGUGAAAUGGUUUGAUACAGUAAUGUUUUACUAUGUGAUUUUAGUGAAUGUCACUUUUUGUCAUUUUCAAAUUUCCCGCCAGUUCCGUCCCCCGUACGUCCUGACGCUCGCAGGGGACAGAACCCAGAUGACAGACGCCGGCAUCCGCUGGAUUACAUUGCCGUGGACACUGCAGGAGGGACAUCGCCGGAGCGCAGGACAAGGUAAGUGAUAGAGGGAUCCCAGAGCAGAGCCGCAUGGUAACCCCGAGUGUAACUCAGGGUUACCGCUUAUGCUACACUCAGGAAUACCGCCAGGGAGCUUA